AUGGCUCCAAGAGGGCAAACAUUGCCGCAGGCGGCCACAGAGUCCGCGCGAGAAGCUCGAAAGUCCUUUUUCUGCGAACUAUGUCAGAAGGGCUACGCUCGAAUGAACGACUUCGAAGCUCACGAAGGCUCCUAUGACCACCAACAUCGGAAGCGCCUUAAGGAGAUGAAGCAACUUACCAAGGAUCCGAACGCGGCGUCUAAGGCUCGCGAUGCAGAACGGAGAGCCAACGAAGAGGCUGGUUUGAAGUCCAUCAAUCUCAGCCUUCCCGCCUCAGUCCCUGGAACCACGAAGAAGAAGCCAGUAUUUAAGAGCACCCUUCAACCGCACAAUGCCGCCGUACUAGGCCAACAAGCGCCGGUCACCAGCCAAGACUCCAGUAUAUCGCGCGCCGUCGACGAGGCCUGGCUCAAGGAGUACAAUGCGGAUCCAAGCCAGAUGGUGGCGAAUGGGUGGGCCAAUGAAGCAUAUGAUCCCCGCUUUCCGUCUAUCUGCGCAGCAUGCAACGGGCAGUGCAGCGGUCAUGGCAACUACGAUCCAAAAGAAACGCUUGAGCAGUGGCGUGAGCGAACUAAAGCCGAACUGGAGCAGUGGGCGGUGUAUUUGCAUGGACUCGCAUCUGCUGGCAAUGCAGAGCUUCGUGGCUAA